AUGGCUAAUCUUGAGUUUGAGCAAGAUGGGGUUUCAACACCAUUUUCAUAUACACCGCCAACUCACUACACUCUAAAAAUAGAGUCAUUUUCGUUGCUAAAGAAGCAUUCAGCGGAUAGAUUUGAGUCGGGGGAGUUUGAUGCUGGAGGAUACAAAUGGAAGCUGGUGGUGUACCCAAAUGGAUACAAGAAGAAGAAUGUGGAAGACCACAUCUCUGUCUAUCUAGAAAUGGCUGGAGCAGAAUCACUUGAGACUGGUUGGGAAGUAUUUGUUGAUUUUAGAUUGUUUUUACUUGAUCAGAAUAAGGGAAUCUACUUGGUUCUUCAGGAUGCUAAUCUAAAGAAGAUGUGCUUGCACGUGGCGAUGCUCGAAGUAGGUUUCGAUAGAGUUAUCCCUCUGAAAGCAUUUGCUGAUGCUUCCAAUGGCUAUCUCAUUGAUGAUACUUGUGUGUUUGGAGCCGAGGUCUUUGUUUGUAAGGAAAGAAGAGCAGGCAAGGCAGAGUGCCUACCAAGGAUCAACAAUGCUGUUAUUGUAUCAAAAGAAAACAAAGAUUUUCUUCAUAAAAAGGAAAACAAUGAUUUUAUGAACAAGUAUGUUUGGAAGAUUGAGGAAUUUUCAAAGUUAAAACCCGAACCCUUGGAAUCAAAACCAUUCAAUGCUGGAGGGCAGACAUGGAAGAUACAGCUCUAUCCCAAGGGAGAUAGCCAUGGAAACCAUACUCAUGUUUCUCUUUCCUUAACAUUGGCUAAUCCAGAAAAGCUAUCUACUGCCUCCAAAAUACUUGCACAGUUUACUCUUCGUAUCGUAGAUCAAUUAAACGCCAAGCAUUUUUUUCGUCAAGCUAGUAAUUGUUUCAGAGCCUCGAGUCCCUCUUGGGGUUGGUCUAAUUUCAUUAUGUUGGGCUUUUUCAAAGAGAGAGACAAGGGUUAUUUGGUGAUGAAUACUUGCGUAGUCGAGGCAGAGGUUACCGUCCGCUCAUAACGAAACCAUAUCAUGCUAUGUGGUGUUACCAUCAAACCAAAACGUUUCUUCCAUUCAUUAUUGGCAACGCAACCUGAUAUAAUGAUCCUGAUUUGAAAUUGUUUUUUUGGUGCUUCUUUAAACAAGAGACUUUUGGUGCUUCAUGUGUGCGGUUGAAUUAAAUGUUGUAGAGUUUUCUACUUGCAAAUUAGAAUUUUAUCAUGUUUGUAUGUUUACUUUUUGAGCUUUGCUAAGCGAGUCGGAAGGACAGUCACUACUUCAACUGCUCUGCACGUGGUUUGUGUUUCUAAUAAGAAAGUUAGGGGUCGUUUGGUACGGCGUACUGUCGUGGACUGGACUAAAUUCUAGGACUGUCUUGGAUUAGCUCGGAUUGGCCUAAGUAGGAUUAAGUAUUGAUAUACGUUUGGUGUUGCGUCGGAUUACAAUAGUGAAAACCUAUGUUUGAUGUUGUGUCGGACCUAAAAAUAAUUCUUAUAAUAUUUAAAUUU